UUAGAAACAGUAUUAAGAAGCCGUAUAUAUGAAUAUUGUGGGUUUCAUAUAUCACAGGUGCUGAGCCAGAACUUUUUUUUUUAACCACAAAUACAUCCAUAAAUGUGACACAGUGUGCAAUGUUUUCAAAAUAAUUAAUUUGGAAAUAGUAUUAAGAAACCAUAUAUACGAAUAUUGUGAUUUUUGAUAAUAGCUACUGUCGAACCCUCUUACAGAGCAUUCAAUUCAUUCACUUUCAGACAAUUAAGAUAGAGCUUACAUGUUCCCCAUUCUGGUAGAAAUGGAAGUCCAAUACUUAUUAAGUCAGUAAUAAACCAUUAAUAUGCUUUCUGUUUUUUACAGCAAUCAUAUGGUAGAGACACUCUGUGAACAUGAUCCAUGUGGAGGAACCUUCAGCAAGAUUCUAAAUCUCAAUCUGAACAAGAAGAUUCCUAGUAUAGUAAAACCAUGUGAAUGUAGUUUGUGUGGGAAAGUUUUUAUGCAUCAUUCAUCCCUUAGUAGGCACAUCAGAUCUCAUGCUGGACACAAACCAUAUGAAUACCAGGAAUAUGGAGAAAAACCAUAUAAGUGUAAGCAGUGUGGGAAAGCCUUCAGUUCUUGUCAAUCUUUUCGAAGACAUGAAAGAACUCACACUGGUGAGAAACCCUAUGAAUGUAAGGAAUGUGGAAAAGCCUUCAUUUCUCUUCCCAGUGUUCGAAGACACAUGAUUAGACACACUGGAGAUGGACCUUAUAAAUGUCAGCAGUGUGGGAAAGCCUUUGACCGUCCCAGUUUAUUUCAAAUACAUCAAAGAACUCACACUGGUGAGAAACCCUAUGAAUGUAAGGAAUGUGGGAAAGCCUUCAUUUCUCUUCCAAGUUUUCAAAGACACAUGAUUAGGCACACUGGGGAUGGACCUUAUAAAUGUCAGGAAUGUGGGAAAGCCUUUGACCGUCCCAGUUUAUUUCGAAUACAUGAAAGAACUCACACCGGAGAGAAACCCCAUGAAUGUACACAGUGUGGAAAAGCCUUCAUUUCUUUCACAAAUUUUCAAAGUCACAUGAUUAGGCACACUGGAGAUGGACCUUAUAAGUGUAAGGUAUGUGGGAGAGCCUUCAUUUUUCCCAGUUAUGUUCGAAAACAUGAAAGAACUCAUACUGGGGAGAAACCUUAUGAAUGCAAUAAAUGUGGUAAGAGCUUCAGUUCUUCCAGUAAUGUUCGAACACAUGAAAGGACUCACACUGGAGAGAAACCCUAUGAAUGUAAGGAAUGUGGGAAAGCCUUCAUUUCUCUCCCAAGUGUUCGAAGACACAUGAUUAGCCACACUGGAGAUGGACCUUAUAAAUGCAAAGUAUGUGGUAGAGCCUUUGACUGUCCCAGUUCAUUUCAAAUACAUGAAAGGACUCACACUGGAGAGAAACCCUAUGUAUGUAAGGAAUGUGGAAAAGCUUUCAUUUCUCUCAAAAGGAUUAGAAAACAUAUGAUACUGCACACUGGAGAUGGACCUUAUAAAUGCACAGUAUGUGGUAAAGCCUUUGACUGUCCUAGUUCUGUUCGAACACAUGAAAGAACUCAUACUGGAGAAAAACCUUAUGUAUGUAAAGAAUGUGGCAAAGCAUUCAAUUAUGCUAGUUCCAUUCGAAUACAUGAAAGAACUCAUACUGGAGAGAAGCCCUACGAAUGUAAGAAGUGUGGGAAAACAUUCAGUUAUUCCAGUUCAUUUCAAAGACAUGAAAGAGGUCACAGUGGAGAUGACCCUAAUGUAAGGAAUGUGGGAAAUAUUUCAUUUAUCACACAACCUUCAAGUACACACGAGAAUGCAUAGUGGAGGAAAACUACAAGUGUAAAGAAUAUAGAAAGUCUUCAGUUUACCCUUUGGGUUUUGGACUUGCUUGAGAGCUUACCCCUUCUUUGUCCUCUCUUCUCUCUUGUAGAAUGGGGAUGGUUAUCCUAUGCCUCUUUCUAUUGUAUUUUGGGAACACACAGCUAGUUCAGUUUCUUGUAGCUGAAGAAUUUUCCCUCAACAUGAAUCAGUUCUUAACCAUAUCUGAUUUAUAUGUAUUGAGAUGACACUUUAGAGUUCCUGCUGCAAUUAGUUAAGACUAGAGGCCUUUGGAAUGGAAUAAAUGUAUUUUACCUGUGAGAAGGACAUCAAUUUUAGGGGGUCAGAGACUGAAGGCUUGGACUGAGUGUAUGUACCCCAAAUUUGUAUGUUGAAACCCUACCUCUUAAUGUGAUUAUAUUCAGAAGAAAUGUCUCUGGGGGUGUUAGAAUGAGAGGAGAUCAUAAUGAUAAAGGCCUCAUAGAUGGGAUUAGUCUCUUGAUAGAGGUCCCUAGAAAGCUAGCUUUGCUCUCCACCAUAAACAGAUUAAGUUAGAAGAUACAUAGUAUUCUUUGAACUAGGAAGCAGGACCUCACCAGACACCCAAUCUGCCAGUGCCUUGACACUUUGACUUCCAGCCUCUCACACUGUGAGAAAUAAAUCUGUUGUUUAAGCCAUCUAGUUUGAUAUUUUGAUUUAGUAGCCCACACUAAGA